CUAUGGUGUUUAUGUUUGUCGGGAUUCGGGCAAUCCUACUACUACUCAAACGUCAAAAGUCAUAACCGUUCAUUACAAAGCACUUUUGAAUAGUUUUUGAAAUAUAGUUGUAUUUUACAUUCAAAAGAAAAUGGAAUGUCUUAUAGGAAUAAGAUGUAGAGAUUUUGUCAUGCUAGCUGCUGAUAUGACUAAUGCUCAUAGCAUUAUGGUAAUGAAGACAGAUGAAAAUAAAUUGUUCAAACUAUCGAACAAAUUGGCAUUAGCAGUAUCGGGAGAACAAGGAGACUGUGUUCAAUUCGCAGAAUAUAUAGCUAAAAAUAUUCAGCUCUACAAAAUGAGAAAUACUCAUGAACUGAGUCCCAAAGAAGCUGCUAAUUUCACACGUAGAACAAUGGCAGAAACCCUGAGAAGCAGGAGUCCCUAUCAUGUUAAUCUACUAAUGGGAGGAUAUGAUGACGAAAAAGGAACUCAACUUUUCUAUAUGGAUUAUCUUGCAUCCUGCUCUUCCUUGGAUUAUGCUGCUCAUGGGUAUGGUGGCUAUUUCUCUAUAGCAAUUUUGGAUAGGAACUAUAAAGAAAAUAUGACCAAGGAAGAAGCCUAUGAUCUAAUGAAGAAGUGUGUACAGGAAGUUCAUAAAAGGUUAAUCAUUAACUUGCCCAACUUCAAGGUCCAAAUUAUCAAUCAAAAUGGAAUUCAGGAUUUACCUAAUAUCACCCCAAACAACCAUAGUCUGAAGCGCAAGACAAAAACAUAUUUCCAUGCCACCUGUUUCGCCUAUUUUGUGGGAUUAAUGGCAACCAUAUUUGUAAUGCACAUUUUCAAGCAUGCACAACCUGCCUUAUUAUAUUUAGUACCAGCUUGUCUUGGAACGCCCAUAUUACUUGCGAUUGUUAAAGGUGACCUGAAGACAUUAUUCAAAUAUGAAGAUACACCUGAGAAUGAAAAGUCUGAACAAGAUGAUAAACAAGUAAAAUCUGAAGUGAAAAAAGUAAAAUAAAAUGUCUAUAGUUUGUAUGAGGAACAAAAUGCUUCUUCCUUAAAAAUAAACUGUUCCAUUUCGAUCCUGAUUAGCACAAACUUAAUUUUAUUUAUUCUGUUAAAAGUAAUUUGGAUAUAUAUAUACAUAUAGGUAUACACUCGAUAUGUGAAGGAAUUAUAUACAUUGUUUUAUAUAUUUAUUCAGGAACCAUCUUUUUAUUAUAUUUUUUUUAGAUAAAUGCAGAAAUUCUUGUUAUUAAACAGACAAUUUGAAA